AUGGUAUUGGUUUGUUGGGCCGGAAGCAACGUCACGGGGUUCAUCAAGGCUUUGAAGUUCCUCGAGCUAGUUGCGUCGAACGUGUUGGCGAUCACCAACCUCGCCAUCUGCACCAACCUCGCCCUCGUCAUCAUGUCUCAUCGAACCCUGGCUCGGGUCAAGAGCUUCAGCUCGCCCUCGUUUGUCUUCCUGUGCCUCGCUGUGUCCAUCGCAGCCGCUGUCGCCGCCGCACCCUUCUGGCAGACAACCGUCGUUAGCGGCACUGGGUUCGCCGUCAGAAACGAAGACCAGGCCGGCGACUGGCUGACCGUCUCCCGCUUCUUCCUUGAGUUUCUCGUCGGGAUCUGCAUGUUCGUCAUCGUGGCCUGGCUGCUGCUGUUCCGAAUGAACGAGGUCAAGGAGUGCUGGAAGGUGCAUGCCCGUAUCCGCUACUACUUCGGCCUGACUCUCAUCGGCACAACUGUCAAUCUGGCUCUUGGCGUCUGCGGCACGAUCUACGUCGUCGGUGGACGUGAGAAGUCAUUGCUCAUCGUGUUGACGUGGACGUUUCGGCACAUUCACAUCGCGCUAGACACCAUCGUCCUGUACGGCGUGCUCGGGUUACCAGCGGCGACCGGGCACGAUGAGGGCCCCGAUGCCCAAAGGCGUUCUCCAGCCGCCGCCGCCGCCCCUGGAUCAAAUCCCCGAAGUUGUUCCAGCUGCAGUAGGCCUGGAUUGAAUUACGGCGCCUCGCCAAAUAUUGGCGAGCUGAGCAAGGCCAGCUCUUGGAAAGGUCGAGCCUCCUGUUCUUCGAGCGGGAGCUCCGCCCAAAAGGUGCAAGUCCGGCCGGCAGACAGCGGCACUAAGCGGUUGGGCCAGCUCGGCUUGCCGACAAUGGCAAAAGUAUGACCGCGUAACGCAAGCACAGGCGGGUGAAGUGGCGUGUGGCGUGUGGCCUCUUCUUUGAAUGGUAGUUGAAUGUUCCGCCCGUCAGGAGCAGGUAGACGGCAGCGUGCGGUAGGGCAUACAGGGCUUGGUGAAGAGUAUGGCCGUUUCCGAAAGCGCAGCUUGUAGGGUAAGGGCAAAUACCGGGUCGCCUCUUCCUCGAACGCGAGAAUUCUGCCCGAUGGCUGCGAGCGUUUGCCCUGUAGACAGUACUGCCUUUUCCAUUCGCAAUGCGAUUUAUCUCUUUCGGAAGUGAUUCGGCACAGAUAAUCUAUGGCGGUGAUGCGAGCGAGAUGGGCGUAGGCCGAACGGAACAUUCUCGUUGCGGUGUGUGCUUGACGUCAGGCCGAUCGGCGUCAAGGGCUCGUCGCGGUGUGACUCCUAGCUACGGUUUCAGACAUUACGCCAAGUUGCGUCACGGACGGGUUGAAAAGGAAUCCAUUAGCGGCUGUUGUACAAAGGGCGUGCGGCGGCUAGUGGUGCUGACGAAGUUGCUCGUUGUUCCCCCUCCCCCUCGUGUGGCGUUUGUUUUCGAAGGGAGGCGUGCAGUCGGUCGAAGGUAGACUCUUCAAUUUAUUGUCGGAGGGAAGGUAGUGGGUGUAGUAUCAAGUGUGUGGUGUUUGCACUCUGUUCCCGCCCGUGAAUGCACACGUCUGACGACAGUUACAUCUAUCAGCUGUUGCUCGUUGUAGCGACAGCUAGUAUAUCUUGAGGCGUGUGCUUGAUGUGAUUGUUGCAGAUGGGGAGUCGGUUUGACACAUACCACCUGUCUGGGGGCUGUGUAGCGUAUUGUAAUGGGCCUAAGCUCCGCCUGUUACAUUUUGUUUUUCCUUGUGGGCAUACGCUAAAUAGACCAUCUUCAUAAGCUGUUUUCGUGGGAUCCAUUCACCAUCCGCUCCCUUGGUAAUAUUUACAUGGGUGCGCAUAGGUACCAUUUGAUGUGCGACGUUGCUCAUUCGUACCAUUUUUUUGUAGUGGUCGCGGGUAUUCCUCGCCUACCUGGAUGACCAAGCUUUACUGGCUUGAAUCCGGGGUAGAUUCAUCAACGUGUGCGCAGUGGGGUGGUAAAAGUAUCCUUGUGAUCAGGGGUGAGGACGAUAUGUUAUCACCCACCUGUAGCGUCAAGCUAACUCGGCCGUUCAGGCCCCUCGUCACCGCCAAGCCAAGCGCAUCAUGCCGGAGUGCGUCGUCUACUGUACGUCGAUACAUGCUUCACGUGACAAAUAAAGGAGGCCGCAUGUAUUCCGCCUUCCUAUCUCCCUGCGCAAAACUCAACGACAACCGCGCGCAACACCCCUAUGCUGUAUCUCCAACGUCUGCCAUGCUCCUCGCUGCACCACGAAAUUCUUCCACACGAUCGCUCGUGCCAAACGUCUCAUCCAAAUCUCGCUGUCCUGAAUGCUCUUAUCCAGCCAACAUACUGUUGUUUCCAAUUUGGUCCUUCGUUUCCAACGUCCUGCCCACAUUUCCCGCCACCACUGAAGAUUGCGAUAACGAGGUACGGCUACUCCCACGCCUCCCCAAAUUGGCUUCCACGCCAGCCCCCUCCCCCCCCCUUCCGUGCGGGUCAAUGGUCAAACGACUAAGGCAUGCACGACUAUGGGUAGCCCCCGCCGCGGUGUAAAGUCGUGUGGCUGUCAGAUGUGAAACGCUUGGUUGGCCGGGAUGCCUAGUCAACCCGUCGCAUAAAUAUAUCUGGUAUGGCACAGCACGUGCAAGGAUAACCACCAGGUUCUGGUGUACCCUUCCGUGCAUGGUAUUCAUUUACAUGAGGUACGCCCUCCCCCAAUCAACCACUGACCGUCGGUGAAUGGUCCUGUUGGAACAAUGCUGCUCCGUCCUCUCUCGAGAACCUGAGGCAUGGAAAAUAUGAGCAACCCCCCUCCCAUUUGCCCUCUAGGCCCUGCCCAGCCGAGUGUCAACAACUUAGGCCCGGCGAGUUGCCCCACCCCU